GAGCCAUGGGGGUGUUGAUGUCCAAACGGCAGACCGUGGAGCAGGUACAGAAAGUUAGUCUGGCUGUGUCUGCCUUCAAGGAUGGGCUGCGGGACAGGCCUUCCAUCCGACGUACUGGUGAGCUAGCAGGGUCUCGCCGUGGCACUGUAGAAGGUUCUGUCCAGGAGGUGCAAGAGGAAAAAGAACCUGAAGCAGGCACCCCAUUGGUCCAGGAAGAGAACAGUUUCCACCGUGCAGCCUGGGAACGGCUCCGAGAUGGGCGUGGAGUGGAGCCUGAGGAGUUUGACAAAACCAGUCGAUUCACUCCCCCUGCCUUCAUCCGCCCCACCCGGAAGCUGGAUGAUGACAAGCCUCCAGAUAUCUGCUUGGAGCCUAGAGAGCCUGUUGUCAACGAUGAAAUGUGUGACAUCUGUGAGGUCUGGACAGCUGAGAGCCUCUUCCCAUGCAGGAUCUGUACCAGGGUUUUCCAUGAUGGCUGCCUGCGCCGCAUGGGCUACAUCCAAGGAGACAGUUCAGCGGAAGUGAUCGAGAUGGCCCACACGGAAACAGGCUGGAGCUGCCACUACUGUGACAACCUCAACUUGCUGCUUACUGAGGAGGAAAUGUACAGUCUCACAGAGACCUUUCAGCGGUGUAAGGUCAUCCCUGAUUGCUCCCUGACACUGGAGGACUUCGUGCGCUACCGCCACCAAGCAGCAAAGCGAGGAGACAGUAACAGAGCAUUGAGUGAUGAGCAAGAGGAACAGGCAGCUCGCCAGUUUGCAGCCCUAGACCCUGACCACCAAGGCCAUGUAGAGUGGCCUGACUUCUUGUCCCAUGAGUCCCUCCUCCUUCUGCAGCAGUUACGUCCUCAGAACUCUCUGUUGAGGCUUUUGACAGUCAAGGAGCGGGAACGAGCCCGAACUACCUUCCUGGCACGGGGCAGUGGGAACACCAUCAGUGAAACAGAGUGUCGCCAUGCUCAACACUCUUGGUUCUGCAAACACCUCCCAGAGGCUCCUUCCUGCAGUGUCAGCAUCAGCCAUGUAGGUCCUAUAGCAGACAGCAGCCCAGCCAGCAGCAGCAACAAGAGUCAAGAUAAGGCCCUGCUGCCUCCAGAGCAGGAGUCCAGAUCUGUGGACUGGCCUACCUUCCUGCAAGAGAAUGUCAUCUACAUCUUGGCUGCUCGCCCCAACAGUGCAGCCAUUCACCUGAAGCCCCCAGGAUAGUGUGGAACAGAGAAUCUUGGUUCAAGGACAGUGGCAUCCUUUCCCUCCUUUCCUUUCUGCCUUUCCUCCACCAACCUCUGACACUGAGACUUAUGGGGAUGGGGCACUGCCAGUAUCUUAAUUUGUCAUUAAG